AUGAGGCACUCUCAUUAUAUCUUAGCAUUUUUCUUCACUUUAAUUCUUACAACUCAAGCAAGACACCAUCACCAUACAAAACACAAACACUCUUCACAUUCUAAUAAUAAUGACAAUAAUAGUAAUAAUCAAUCAUAUCCUCCUUCUCCUUCUCCUUCUUCUUCUUCCGGAAUUUCAGUGCCUCCUGUGGCUGCACCCGGUGGUUAUGAUAAUGAAGCUCCUAGUCCUAGUCCUAGUCCCUCUGAUGAUGAUGGCUCCGAAAUCUUCGAUGUUCGAACAUUUGGGGCCAUUGGAGAUGGUAUAGCUGAUGAUACAAAGUCCUUCAAGAUGGCGUGGGACAGUGCUUGCCAAAGUGAAUCAGCAAUUAACAUUGUACUUGUUCCUCGCGGUUUCUCGUUCAUGGUCCAGUCUACAAUCUUCACUGGUCCCUGUCAAGGUGGCUUAGUGUUAAAGGUUGAUGGCACUCUCAUGCCACCAGAUGGACCUGAAUCUUGGCCAAACAACACAAGUAGGCGUCAAUGGCUUGUCUUUUACAGAAUCAAUAAUAUGUCACUACAAGGAAGUGGUGUUAUUGAUGGCAGAGGACAAAAUUGGUGGGACCUUCCUUGUAAGCCUCAUAAGGGACCUAAUGGGACUACACUUCCAGGACCUUGUGAUAGCCCAGUUGCAUUAAGGUUUUUCAUGAGUUCAAACUUGAGUGUGCAAGGACUUAGAAUCAAGAACAGUCCCCAGUUCCACUUCAGAUUUGAUGGCUGCAAAAGCGUUCGAGUAGAUUCAAUCUUCAUAACAUCUCCAGCACUAAGUCCCAACACCGAUGGAAUACACAUAGAAAACACAAAUGACGUAAGGAUAUACAAUUCCGUCAUUUCCAACGGUGAUGACUGUGUGUCCAUUGGAACGGGUUGCUAUGAUGUUGAUAUAAAGAACAUUACAUGUGGUCCCAGCCACGGAAUUAGCAUUGGUAGUUUGGGAAACCACAACUCAAGAGCCUGCGUCUCAAACAUUACAGUAAGAGAGUCAACGAUCAAAGGGUCAGACAAUGGAGUAAGAAUAAAAACAUGGCAAGGAGGAUCAGGAUCAGUAUCAAAAGUAACAUUCAGCAAGAUUCACAUGGAGAGUGUACGGAACCCAAUAAUAAUCGACCAAUUCUAUUGCCUAUCGAAAGAUUGCAGCAACAAAAGCUCGGCAGUAUUUGUAUCAGACAUAGUUUACUCAAACAUAAAAGGGACAUAUGAUAUAAGGCACCCACCCAUGCGUUUCGCUUGCAGUGACUCUGUGCCUUGCACUAACUUAACUCUUUCUGAUAUAGAGCUUCUUCCUGCACAGGGUGAUCUUUUUAAUGACCCUUUUUGUUGGAAUGCUUAUGGCAAUUCGGAGACACUAACUAUUCCUCCUGUUUCUUGCUUGAUUGAGGGUCUUCCUCAGUCUCUUCCAGGGAAUGAUUUAUCUCGUUGCUGAGAGUUUUCACCUUGUUAUUAUGUAAAGAGUGUGUGUAUUUUAUUAGUAUAGGCAUUAAUAAGGAGUGAAAGAUGUAUUGUCCUGAGCCUAGCCUGCCUUAUAGAUUAUGGUGUGAUUGUUGAGGAUGACGAGGACUUGUUUUAGAGGUUCCUCCCCCUCCACCAGAUGCUAAUUAACUAUAAUGCCUGUAAAUGUUUCCGGUUUCGAAUCAAAGUUUGGACUUUUUUAUUUCUUAGUAAUAAAUUAAAGGUGAGUUUGGUUA